GAAGACACGAAAACAGACGCCCAGCCGCGCCUCAGCCCGCCGUCGGCCCUGCGUCGUCCGUCGGCUUUCGCCGUCCCUUCGGACUCCGGCACUCCGUCCUGUAGCUCGCUGUGGCUCUGCCUGUGCCUCUCUGUCCAGCCUUCCAGGACUCAGGUAAUGCAAACUUGACAACGUUCAAUGGGAGGGUAGUAAUGGUAAAAAGUCCAAAAUGUAUGAGUUGGAUGCCACCAAGCUGAACAACCCUGAUGUUCGGUUGUCUAAAACGAGCCAUUUGGAACGCUCUUAUGAUAGCAACUCGCGGAGUGGUCCAGAAGCAGUCAAAGAACUGGCACCAAGCAUGAAUCUGAAAAUCCAUGGGUUCCCAGCUAUACAUGACCAGGCUAUUAUUACUUCCACCAAAGCCUUCAUUGAGAUGGUUUCCAUUUCAACAUUCAGUACCAUUCCGUACAGCGACUACAUUUGCAGCCUCCCAAUCGUUCUCCACUUACAACAGAACAUUCUCUCACAUUUUCCAAGAAUGUUCAAGGCAAAGAGCCACAUUCGCUGGAAAACAAACCCAUGCUCAAAUGAUCAUUUCUGGGUUCGAACCCACCGUAUUUGUCACCAAUUGUUUGAUUCAAAUGUACAUAAACUGCUCCUGUUUCAACUAUGCUGAUAAAGUGUUUGAUAGGAUGCCUCAAAGAGACACCGUGACAUGGAAUGCAAUGAUUUCCAGGCAUUCGAUGGUUGGUGAUUUGAGUAAGGCACAAAUGGUUUUUGAUCUGAUGCCAAAUAGAGAUGUCAUAUCCCUGAAUACUUUGAUGUCAGGGUAUUUGCGGAAUGGAGAUCAUACACAAGCUAUUGAAAUUUUUGUGAAAAUGGGGAAAGAAGAUGUUUCCUUUGAUAGAACUUCUUUUGCUGUUUUACUGAAAAUUUGCUCAGCUUUGGAUGAUUUUGGUUUAGGGCUGCAGGUGCAUGGUUUGGUAACUAAAAUGGGAUUAAUUAUGGAUAUGAUGAUUGGAACUGCGGUUGUGGACAUGUAUGCCAAGUGUAAGAGAUUAGAUGACGCAGUGUGUUUCUUCAGUGACAUGUCAGAGAAGAAUUCUGUUGCUUGGAGUGCUUUGAUUGCAGGCCAUGUUCAAAACAACCAACUUUUUGAUGGACUACAGCUUUUCAAAAAGAUGCAAAAUGAAGAAGUUGAUGUUUGCCAGUCUACUUAUGCUACUCUCUUCAGAUCUUGUGCAGGGUUGUCUUACCUAAGUUUUGGUUCCCAAUUGCAUGGUCAUACACUGAAGACCAAUUUUGCAUCUGAUAUUAUUGUAGGGACUUCCACUCUGGACAUGUAUGCUAAAUGCGACAAGUUAAUCGAAGCUCGGAAGGUAUUCAACCUCUUGCCAAUCCGCACUCUGCAAUCUCAUAACGCAUUGAUUGUUGGGUAUGCUCGAGGAAAUGAAAAGUUUGAAGCUUUAAGGUUAUUCCAUCUUUUGAUCAAGUCUGGUCUUGGUUUUGAUGAAAUAACCUUAUCUGGCGUAUUCAGCGCUUGUGCAGGGGUCAAAGGGCUUUCACUGGGAACUCAAAUCCAUGCAAUAGCGAUUAAGACCCCUUUUAAAUCCAACAUUACUGUAGCAAAUGCCGUUCUUGACAUGUACGGGAAAUGUGGAGGACCGUUUGAGGCCCGGCGUCAGUUUGAUGAAAUGGAGUUAAGGGAUGCCGUUUCCUGGAAUGCCAUCAUUGCGGCAUAUGAGAAGAAUGGGCUCACAGAGGAAACCUUAACUCUCUUUUUCGAGAUGAUUCGGUCGGAAAUGGAACCCGAUGAGUUCACUUAUGGCAGUGUUAUGAAAGUUUGUGCAACCAAACAGGCCCUGCAACAUGGGGAGGAGAUUCAUGGAAGACUCAUAAAGUCCGGAUUGGGAUUUCACUCAUUUGUGGGAAGCUCUGUUGUGGAUAUGUAUUGCAAGUGUGGUGAGCUAGAAGAGGCUGAGAAGCUUCAUGACAGAAUGAAUGAACAAACCAUUGUUUCUUGGAACUCAAUGAUUUCUGGGUUCUCAAUGCACGAGAGAAGUGAGGAAGCCCAAAAUUUCUUCUCUAAAAUGUUGAGUAAGGAGGGUGUGCAACCAGAUAACUUCACUUAUGCAACAGUGCUUGAUAUUUGUGCUAAUAUGGCGACCAUUGGACUCGGGAAGCAAAUCCAUGCCCAAAUCAUCAAACAAGACUUGCUUUCAGAUGCCUAUAUAAUCAGCACUCUUGUAGACAUGUAUUCAAAGUGUGGGAAUCUUGAAGCAUCCACGUUGGCGUUUGAGAAAGCGCCGAAAAGAGAUAUGGUGACAUGGAACGCCAUAAUAUGUGGGUUAGCUCAGCAUGGUUUCGCCGCAGAAGCUUUGCAGGUUUUCAAAGGGAUGGAACGAGCAGGUGUUCUGCCAAACCAUUCAACUUUUCUCGCAGUCCUCCGUGCGUGUGUGCAUAUGGGGCUCGUCGAGAAGGGGUUGCAUUAUUUCAACAUGAUGCGGGAGAAGUAUGGGCUGGAGCAUCAAAUAGAGCAUUACUCAUGCAUGGUGGAAAUAUUAGGACGCGCAGGUCGGGCGACUGAUGCUCUCAUGGUUAUCCAGGAGAUGCCCUUCACGGCUGAUGAUGUCACUUGGAGAACAUUGCUUAGUACCUGCAAAAUGAAUGGGAAUGUUGAGGUGGCUGAAGUGGCUGCGAAUUCUCUUUUGCAGAUGGACGCCACAGACUCAGCUACAUAUAUUCUUCUGUGUAACGUUUAUGCCGAUGCAGGAAUGCAGGAACGGGUUGCAGAUUUGAGGAAGGAAAUGCGUUUUGGGUGUCUGAAGAAGGAGCCUGGGUGUAGCUGGGUUGAGGUGAACUCUGAGGUGCAUAUGUUUCUUGUUGGGGACAAAGCUCAUCCUAGGUGCACUGACAUUUAUACAAACCUGGAUUUGCUGACAAGUGAUAUGAAGUUGGCUGGAUAUGAAAUGGAUGGUGAAUUUGCACCCAUUUCUAUUUGCAUUUAGGAGUGGGCAGAAAAAACCAUAACCGCGUAUCCGUUUAAAAAAACAAAAAACCAUUAUUUUUCCGGUUAACUGUGUAGCUUUUUAAAAAAUCACGGUACAAUUAACCUUUUAAAUGAAAAAAUGGUUUACGAUCGGUUCACCAUUUUAAAAUUAAUAAGCAUCUGUUUACCAAAGUCAUCUAUCCAGCUACCAUAGCCGCUCAACCAGCCCAGAGAAAACCAUGCCUUUCUUCUUCCAUCUUUCUCCAGAGCUGCUGGUCUGAUUUAAUCUAGGCGAUCGAUCUCUUCUGCUCCAUAUCCAGAUGUCAGACAUAAAUCCGAAAGAAACUGGUGAAGAGUGCUUGGGUGAGGAAGAAGUGAUUCGAUUGAAGUUGAUUCUGAACCCAUGGGUGUGGAUGCAGUUGGAACAUAAAGUAACUCCACUAAGAGCAAAUCAUAUACUCAAAAUGAAAAAGCUCAAUCAUCAAUUUAUGCGGCGAGUGUUCUGGACCAUUUAAAAACAGAAAAAAAUCAAUCUAUUGGGAGCACGUGAGCAGCCUGUGAUUGAAGAGUCUGUUUCACGUGUUGAAGAGACUUGGUUGAAAGAGUCAGUAUGGGGAGGUUUUGGCAUGCAGCAGAAGGGAUCAUAAGUUGAUGGAGUUCUUGAAGUUGGGCAGGAGUAGUUAUGUUGUGAUCAAAAGAAGAGCAAAAAUAGAAAGAUAGUCUCAGAAAUUUUCUGAAGGUAGGCUAGGAAUGUGAAGAGGUUUAUAAAUCCUUCAUUAGCUCCUAGGGUGAUUGCUUUUCUUCUGGAAUUAGUUUGUUUCAAGUUUAAGUGAGUUAUUAUGUUCUUCCAUCACUUUAUUUGUUUUUUAUUCAUGUUAUGUCCCAGCAAUGCAAUAGAUUUUUUAUACUGUCUGUCAACUUUCAUUUUUGUAGGGAAAUAAAACACAUCUUGAAACUGAAGACUUACUUAUGUUGUACACUUGAGCAGCUUAUGCUUUUUAGAGAUGGAGAUUAAUUAUGAAACUCGGUUUAAAUCUAGAGUUUUAUCUUGGAGAUUUGUUAAUACCGAUGUUUUGUAUAUCAAUUUUAGUUGUAUUUGUUAACACACAUUUAGUCUUGUAUUUUUAUUAGUAGUCUUGAAGACUUGAUCUCCUUAUGGUUUGUUGUUUACGAAAUUGGAUGUUUAAAAAUAAUUUUCAGUUCGAGUUGGUGGCUU